CUUCCCUCAUUCUUAGAUUCAGUCGUUGCACAAGUGAGGGAGGUUGAAGGCGGCGUGAGAAGCAUGUUGGACAUCAACCUAUUCAGAGAGGAGAAGGGCCACAACCCUGAAUUCAUCCGCGAAUCCCAGCGCCGUCGUUUCGCCAGCGUCGAAGUCGUCGACGAGGUCAUCAAUCUCGACAAAGAAUGGCGAAAGCGUCAAUUCGAGUUGGAGAAUCUCCGCAAAGAAUUUAACAAGAUCAACAAGGAAGUCUCCAAACUCAAGCGUGCUGGCGAGGAUGCAACUAAGUUCAUCAGUGAAUCAGAGGAAACCAAGAAAUCGAUAGGGGAGAAAGAGGUUGAAGUUCGGGAAACUCUGAAUCUCUUGAAUUCCAAGUUGGAAACUAUUGGAAACCUCGUCCACGAUUCCGUUCCAAUUAGCCAGGAUGAGGCCAACAAUGUUGUCGUUAGAUCGUGGGGAGAGAAGAGAGUGGAGCCUAAGCUGAAGAAUCAUGUGGAUCUAGUUGAGCUUCUCGGGAUAGCAGAUACAAAGAAAGGAGCUGAUGUAGCUGGAGGUAGAGGUUUCUAUCUCAAAGGAGAUGGUGUUCGUCUUAAUCAAGCUCUAAUAAACUUUGGGCUUGAUUUUUUGGAAAAAAGGGAGUAUACUUUAUUGCAUACUCCUUUCUUCAUGAGAAAAGAUAUAAUGUCAAAGUGUGCUCAACUAGCCCAAUUUGAUGAAGAACUUUAUAAGGUAACUGGUGAAGGAGAUGACAAAUAUCUGAUUGCAACAGCUGAGCAGCCACUCUGUGCAUAUCAUUUAGAUGAUUGGAUCCACCCUACCCAGCUACCAUUAAGAUAUGCUGGAUAUUCAUCAUGCUUUCGUAAAGAAGCUGGAUCUCAUGGUCGAGACACUCUAGGAAUAUUCCGAGUCCACCAAUUUGAGAAAGUGGAGCAGUUUUGCCUCACUAGCCCAAAUGACAAUGAUUCAUGGGACAUGCAUGAGGAAAUGCUGAAGAACUCUGAAGAUUUCUACAAAGCGUUAAACCUUCCCUAUCAAGUUGUUUCCAUUGUAUCUGGUGCUUUGAAUGAUGCUGCAGCAAAGAAGUAUGAUCUAGAAGCAUGGUUUCCAGCCUCUCAAGCUUACAGAGAGCUAGUGUCCUGUUCAAACUGUACAGACUAUCAGGCCAGAAGAUUAGAAAUUCGAUAUGGUCAGAAAAAGAGCAAUGAGCAAAUGAAGCAAUAUGUUCACUUGUUGAACUCUACUCUAACGGCUACUGAGAGGACCAUUUGCUGCAUACUAGAGAACAACCAGAAGGAAGAUGGGGUAGAGAUACCAGAAGCCCUCAGGCCAUUCAUGGGUGGAAAGACUUUCCUACCUUUCAAGAACCAACCAUCUAAUGAAGCCAAAGGGAAGAAAUCGAAGGCCUAAUUGCAUUUUAAGUCAGUGAUAUUUAUGAAGAGUUUGUUCAGAGUUGUAGGUUAUGAUGACCCCGAUAUUAUCCACCACACACUGUUUCCCUUUCUCACUAAAUAGUAAAAUGAUUUUUAGGAGCACGCACCAUUUUUGGUCAAAGUACACAGCAUGACAUUUUCUGUAAUUCAUUACUCUAAAAAAUUUGUGCUUUUUUAAUUGCAUUUUGGUGCUUUUAUCCAUUGCGAAAUGAUUAACAAUAUAGAUCAGAUGUCCUAGUUUUGCUUGAAAGGAUGAAACACGUCAAGAUGUUUUAUUUUUGUUGCUUA